CCGCGGUCCCCGGGGCCGGGCGCGCCCCGCAAGAUGUCCGGGCGCCGCGGCCAGCAGCCCGGGCCCCGCCUGUCCUGGCUACUGUGCUGCAGCGCCCUGCUGUCCCCGGCCGCGGGCUACGUGAUCGUGAGCUCCGUGUCCUGGGCCGUCACCAACGAGGUGGACGAGGAGCUAGACAGCGCCUCCACCGAGGAGGCGCUGCCCGCGCUGCUGGAAGACUCGGGCAGCAUCUGGCAGCGGAGCUUCCCGGCCUCGGCGCACGAGGAGGACGCUCACCUGCCGCCCCCGGAGGGCACCGCCCGCGCCAGGCCGCCCCCCGCGCCGCCCGGGAUGUUCUCCUACCGGCGCGAGGGCAGCGCGAGGCUGCGCCCGGGCACCGCCCGCUUCCUGGCCCACGCCAGCGCCUGGGGCUGUCUGGCCACCGUGUCCGCCCACGAGAAGAUCCCAGGACUGCCUUCUGGGAACUGCCUGCCGGUCAGUGACGGCCCCUUCAACAACAGCACGGGGGUUCCUUUCUUCUACGUGACACCCAAGGACCUCCUGGUGGCUGAUCUGAUGAAGAACCCCAUGGCCUCCCUCCUGCUGCCGGAAUCCGAAGGAGAGUUCUGCAGAAAAAAUAUCGUCGACCCAGAAGAUCCCCGCUGUGCCCGGUUAACGCUCACUGGCCAGAUGGUCGCAGUGUCUCCAGAAGAAGUGGAAUUUGCCAAGCAAGCCAUGUUUUCAAGACACCCAGUUAUGAGGAAGUGGCCUCGUCAGUAUGAAUGGUUCUUUAUGAAGAUGAAGAUAGAACAUAUCUGGCUUCAGAAAUGGUAUGGAGGAGUAGCUGACAUUUCCAUGGAGGAAUAUUUCAAAGCAGUUCCAAGAAAGGCCUGA